AUGUCAGCAAGCAAUCAUCUGCCAAAAGUUACUUCUCCUACCGCCACCAUCACUUCGGAUCCCUAUGCUCCACAACAACAUCAGCAACAGAAUACGCGUGGAGGAGGUCAUGGCUAUGCCUCCUCUUUGUUGUCCUCUUCCUCCUCGAAUUUAUCACCACCUCAGCAAGAACCUCUCCAGACCAGUAUCACUCCUUCUUCUUUCUACAUUAUUGACGCCCGACCGAAACCAUCCAUCGCGUAUCCUUCUUUUUAUUCACAACUACUCACAACAUCAGCAGCAGCACGAUAUGCCUCACUUUCAACCUCAUCCUCAAACACGAAUUUGAGAGGAGGAGCUAACAUUAAUUUAUAUCAUCAAUUGUGGCAGAAUCAACCCACAUCACCCACAGGAGGGUCAUUGACACCACUCACCAUCAACACGAAUACAAAACAUGCCCAUUCGACUGCCUACUCACCAACAGUGGUGGCGUACCAUAGUACUAACGCUACGUCGACCACUACUACUCUAACGAAUGGCUCAGAGUCAUCAUCAACAACAGCGACCGCACUCUUUCAUCACCAUUUUCAUUCAAAUAAUUCCGUUCCUGUCCAAGUCAUCAACCAUAACAACCAUAACAACCAUAACAUUACAACGACUACCACAUCAACCAUCACCAUUCUCAAUCAACAGGUUGAAAAUUAUAAUGCUGCCAGUAGCAGCAGUGCAAAUUCUGGAUCGUCUCUUUAUAAUUGUGAAAAUGCGCCCUAUGACGAUGACUCUUUUCAGUCUCGACUUUUGAAUGCUGUUCCUCAGGGUCUCUUGCCUCAUUUUGAAAAGAUAUAUGUUCUUCCAAAUCAACAUCAAUCGCAACAGUCCAAUCAUGUGCCAACCACACCCUAUGGUACUCCUCUCGUAUCUACGAGUUCAGUAGCAGCUUCACAACAUCAACAUGGCAUGACAGCAAGUGUUGUCUCGAAAGCUUCAACCACUGAAAAUGUUGUCUCUGAACUUCCUCGUUAUCAUCACCAUCGGGGAGUACCACCACCAUCAUUUACAUCAAAUUCUUCAUUUCCUCUAAACUCCUUGAUGCAAACCCAAUCGGUACUUAGCUCAACAAUCAGCCAGUCUAUGGUCAAUAAUGGGAGCUCAGAUCUUGACCAUGCAGUGAACGGUCUUCAGUUGACAAGUUUUGGAAGUAGAAGCAGUGAAGAGGAUUUAUGUUCUCUCACAUCUCCAACCGAUAACAAUUCUUCAAUAGUGACAGGUAUCUCUUUGUAUGGUCACACCAUGCAAUCGUCAACAUCAGCUCUUGAACAAUUAGUAAUGAAAAAUACAUCAUCUAAUCAAUCAUUGAGUGGACUUGUAGGAAAUGAUUCUGAUACGGAUGCAACUUCUACUAAUUCUGUGAGGGUGACGAGUUCUCAAAAUUUACAUCCAUUCCGUAGCGGUGACACAACAAGUGUUGCUUCUCCUUCUCAAAUCACUUCGCCAUUCACUAAUAAUCAUUCAAGCGAUUUUAAAUCAUCAAAUGGCACGAUUGGAAAUGUAACCACAAAUAUUUCAAGCAACAACAACACAUACUUUUGUAACGUUUGGGAUGUAAAUGAAAAUUUAAUGUAUCGAAAGGCAACACCUCCUUUCCUUGCUGUAUCUGGAAGUCAGAGCCGAGUGGGUAACACGUUGAAUUUGUCUGGAUCUUUGGAUUUAAAUAUGGAGAACAAUGUCAAUUUUUCUUCAUUUAGUUACAAUACCCACCCCUCAGACUCGAAACAAACGUCACCUCCAAACCAUGGUCUUUCUGCUAUUGCUGGAAUGAAUACUCCUCAAAAAUCUUCACAUAACUCUGAUAUUUUAAAACAUGUUUCUGCCAUUCGUGAAUUGGAGGAUGAAAGAUCUAUGGAGGCCAUUAACUCAGAUUCUAGCCCUAUUCCACAAAGUUUCAUGGAAAUGUCAUCGUCUCGAUCUAGAAAUGGUUCUCUUGGAAAAACACUCAAGGGUUUUAUGGGCAUGAAAAAAGAAAUCUGA